CGCGUGCUCGUCGAAGCCGCGAUGCUCGCGGCGAUGACUGGGUUGGCGUUCCACAUAUCUUCACUGUUUCGCUUUGAUGCGUAUUUCGGAGCGUUAUUUCCACUGCCCGUGGUGAUCGCGUGCGCGAGGUCGGGGCGCGCGGCGGCGAUGCGAACACUCGUCGUCGCCUCGCUGUUGUUGUUGAUGAUCAGCGGGCCGCUGCGAGCGUUGAAUUAUUUCUUUCUGCACGGCGUCUUGGCGUACGUGCUGAGUUCGCUCUGGUCGUCGGGUUCGAGCUGGUGGGUCACCGUGCCAGCGAGCGCGCUGACGCGAACGUUCGGGAUUUUAGCCUCGCUCUCGAUUUCGUCGCUCCUGUAUCGCGAAAACGUGAUGAAGUUGCUCGUCACGCAGAUGUACUCUCUGCUCGAUCAAUUCGCGGCGAACGUGGGGGCGACGUUCGCGCCGACGAUCGGCUGGGUGUGGGCCACGGCGUUAUUUUUCAUCCUCGUCAACUCGUUCAGCUACACACUGAUUCUCCACAUGGUGUACACCAUCGUGUUG